UCCCCUCCAAUAAACGGAUAUCUUUCGUCCACCUAUCUUCUCCUUUCUCAGCAAUCCUCAGCCUGCCAUGGCCGAAGCUCCGAUCAAAUUCGGAAUCUUAGGCUGCGCCAACAUAGCACGGAAGCUUUCCCGCGCCAUAAGGCUCUCCCCGAACUCCGAGCUGUACGCCAUCGGCAGCCGCAGCGUCGAGAGAGCCGCCAAGUUCGCCAAGGACAACGGCUUCCCAGAUUCGGCCAAGGUCUACGGUUCGUACGACGCCGUAUUGGACGACCCCGAGGUCGACGCCGUCUACAUGCCGCUGCCGACGAGCCUGCACGUCAAGUGGGCGGUUCUCGCCGCCGGGAAGAAGAAACACCUCCUCCUGGAGAAGCCGGUCGCGCUAAACGUUGCGGAGCUGGAUCUGAUUCUGGAGGCGUGCGAGUCCGCCGGAGUGCAGAUUAUGGACGCCACCAUGUGGAUGCACCACCCCCGGACGGCGAAGAUGGAGGAGUUCCUGUUCGAUUCUUCUCGCUUUGGGGAACUCAAAUUCGUGCACAGUAGCUUCAGCUUUGCAGCAGACAAAAACUUCCUCGAAAAUGACAUCCGCGUGAAGCCCGAUCUCGACGCUCUCGGUGCCCUCGGCGACGCAGGCUGGUAUUGCAUCAGGGCGAUCUUGUGGGCUGCCGAUUAUCGCCUGCCCAAAUCCGUCGUCUCCCUGGGCGGCACGGUGCUCAACAGCGCCGGCGUCAUCAUUGCCUGCGGCGCAUCCAUGGAAUGGGAUGACGGGAAGACGGCGACCUUCCAUUGUUCUUUCACGGCCAACAUGACAAUGGACGCCACCGUAGUGGGAACCAACGGCGUCCUACGCGUGAACGACUUUGUCAUUCCGUACGAGGAGAAUCGAGCUUCGUUUCUUUCCGCGGCUGAGAAGCCGGGGAUCGACGAGAAUCUCCAGGAAUGGGAGCCGGUGCCCGCCGAGGAGACGGUUGUUGCCACGGAGAGCCCCCAGGAAGCGCUUAUGGUGAGCGAGUUUUCGAGGCUCGUCGGUAACAUUAAAUUCCGCGGCGCCUCGCCGGAGAAGAGGUGGCCGGAGCUUAGCCGGAAGACGCAGGUCGUUUUGGAUGCGGUGAAGGCGUCGAUCGAUAAUAGCGAUCAAGUAAUCGAGUGUUAAUCUAUCAAUGAAUUGUGUUCGAUUUUUUAUUGGGCCGGCCCAGCCCAUUUUCAAUUUGUGCCAGAUAAGCUUAGCCAAAUUUUAAUUUGGCUUCAAACCGGGUUGGGUUGUAGCAAGAUGGGUUGAAAACAAAUUAGAUCUGUUUUGUAUAA